AUGGCUACCAAGUCACCGGUUUGUGUGACCGUCUCGGCACUCGACGGCGGCCACCUCACCCUUCCGGAGCGGCUGUUCGUCACCGACGCGGAUCCCGAAAAGCGGGCCACAGUCCCGUCUUUGGCCUUCCUCAUCCAGCAUCCAUCCCAGUCGCCCACUGGCGGCAGCCAGGUAACGAGAAUCGUCUUCGACCUCGGCAUCAAGCGGGACCUCAGCGGCUACACGCCAGCACAGCAGGCACACAUCGCCCAGCGCCAACCCGUCGUCACGGAUCCUGACGGCGCUGCCAGUCUUCGCGGCAGUACAGCGGCAGAGAAGCCUCUUCUCGAUCCUGCCAGGGAUAUCGACUUUGUCAUCCUCAGCCACGUCCACUGGGACCAUGUAGGGACACCGUCUGAUUUCCCCCGUUCCACCUUUGUCGUCGGCUCAGGGACGCUGGACCUGCUCAAGAAUGGCGCGGGACCCCUGUACCCGGCCGAGUUAUUCAACGACGACGAGCUGCCGGCCUCUCGCACGGUCGAGCUCCCGCCUGUGCCAAACAGCACCACGGUUACGGCAAUACCGACAAAGACAACAACACCCAAGCACACACCCGCCCCGCCGGAUACGGUCAUCAUCUUGCCUGCCUCGGCUGCGGGCUGGGCAUGGCGGCCCCUGGCCAGCUUCCCCGCUGUGCUGGAUUUCUUUGGCGACGGCAGCGUGUAUGUCGUCGAUAGCCCGGGUCAUCUAUUCGGGCACGUCAACCUGCUCGUCCGUCUUGAGCCAAGGAGGUAUGUCUACCUCGGCGGUGACUGCUGUCACGAUCCGCGGAUUUUGAGUGGUGAGAAGGGCAUUGCCUUGUAUGAGGAUGGGAGGGGCGGGAUGAGGAGCGUGCACGUUGAUACUGGAGUGGCGGCUAGGACAUUGGAGAGGAUUAGGGGGUUUAUCGAGGAGAGCAGGCUGGGAGGGAACGAGGAUGAAGGGGAUGGGGAAGGGGAAGUGGGGGUUGAGGUGGAGGUGGUCGUUGCUCAUGAUGCUGCUUGGCGGGAGAGGAAUAUGGAGAGGUUCUGGCCUGGGUGUAUGUAG